UGGUCCGGGCGCUCGGCCCCUUACCCUCUGCGCGGCCCCCGCCCCCGGCAUUAGCUGGGUGGCAUUGCUAACAUCUGCUCCUCCUCCACCUUGUUGCUCCUCUGCGGUUCUGCGGGCCCCCAGUUCCAUCUUCCCCCUUAGGAGUUAGGCUUUGUUCUGGGCUUUGUUGUUGAUUUUAGUGUUAGCUUAGUUUUAGUGUUCAGUUCAGUUUUAGUGUUAGGCAUAGGUUACUGUUAGGAGUGUAGAGUUAGGCAUAGGUUACUGUUAGGAGUGUAGAGUUAGGCAUAGGUUACUGUUAGGAGUGUAGAGUUAGGCAUAGGUUACUGUUAGGAGUGUAGAGUUAGGCAUAGGUUGCUGCUGCCAACUGGCAGUAAAUGCUGCUCACUCGGUAAGCCCUCCCCUGAUUUAUCCUGCAGAGAAAUGAGUGCGACUGCCCUGAGAAGGGAGGUUUGGUGGCGUCUGCGAUGAAUUGAAUUUCCAUCUUGUGACUUUUCUGUUGCAGAACAUGGAGGAGCAGAGCGUGAGUGGCUGAGAAAUGGAGUUGGGCCUCAGGGGAGCCAUAGGUGCUGUGUCACAACCUUCCUGAGCGGCCCUUGCAAGCUCCUGCUCCCCUCGCCUGCAAGUGGAGCAAUGCUCGAGCUCGAGGAGUAUUUUUCUCGGCAGGUGGAAAAGAUGGCGCAGCUGCAGGUUUUGUGUCCUUUGUUGUUCUUGGAAAGCAGCCUCCUUGAGAGCAGGGGAGCAGCAGGCGGCCUGCUGUGUGGCUGCUGUGGGCAUUUCUCCCAGCUCAGAUCCCUGAGCCCACGCUGGCAGAGAACGUGCUGUGCCACCAUCUUUUCUGUGGAGCCACUUUGCAGCUUCUCUGCGUUAGCUGCAGUCGUGCCGGUUUCCAGGUGCCAUAAGCCAGACUGGCACAGUCCUGGGACUCAGACUUGGGAGACAGUGAAGAAACCCCAAGGCAAGUGCUGCUCGGCUGAGGAAGGAAGCCCAGAAGGAGAGCAAAAAGAACCGAGAAGGCCCACAGGACACUCGAAUCAGCUGGAAUGCUUCCUCGGAGGUGGCACCAAGGGCAGCGGACUGAGUUGCCUGGUUUUCACAGACAGUGCAGAGGGACUGAGGCACCUGGAAGGGAAGGGCUUGUGCUGCGUUCCAAGCAAAGAGGGCUUGCCAGAGGCAGGACUUCAGCUAUGGCAAGAGAUGGUGAUGCUGCGUUCCUUCAGCAUGUGUCUCUUCAGGGCCAGAGCCAGUCUAGUAUGAGAUUGAAAUACGGCUCGCCGGGCCUGGAGAGAGAGGAGGUGACGUGGCCAUAGGAUCAGGCUUCUUGUGUCUGCCUGGAGGCUGAAUGACUCAUUGCUAAGCAGACAUCCUGGGCACUGGGGUUUUGUUUUGGGCUGUGUUGAUAAAUACAACCCAGAGCCUUUUGUAUUGAAUAAAAGCAAAACCAACUUUUUAAACA